AUGUCAACAACAUCAAACGAACAAUCUUCACGUAGUCUGAGAAUUUACACAAACCAUCCAUGGAAACUUAUCAAGACCGGAUAUCUUGUUGUAACAUGGAUUGCGCUUGGUUUUCAUUUCGAAUUAGUCGGUCCGACGAUGUCGAUUCUUGCUGAAAAUAUUCAAGUUGAUUAUAGCGGUAUGGGCUCGGUGCUGGCAUUUCGAGCCGUCGGUUAUUUAAUCGCUAAUAUUUUCGGUGUCAUUUUACAGAAUAUUGUAAAAAAAUAUUCUGAANCCUGCUGUUAA